UUUAUGCUGAGCUAAAAUAAUUAUUUUGACCGUCAAUGCUAUCGGAUAUGAAUUAAAAUAAAGUGAUUAUAAAAGAAAAUGAAUUCUAUAAUAUCUGAAGACUUGAAUCGAGAGCAUUUAGCUUUAGAAACAGUAAAGUGCUUGAAAAAUAUAUCUGCGAACACACAAAACUUAAACCUAUUGCAUAAGCAGUUUUUGGAGUUUAAUUUGUCUUUGCGAGCUUACAUUGAAGAAAGUAAAACUCGUAUAGAUCUUUUACGACGGGACUUGGCUCAUGAAGCCAAAAGUGUUUACGACGUGGUUUCAGUUUUGAAUGAAAAAUAGCAAAAUGUCUACUCCGAGAACAACAGAUUAUGAAACUUACAAUGGAGGUGGUGGUGGAAGGAAGCGCAAAAUGAAAAGAAUUAACAAUCCCAUACAGCCAGUAGUAAAACAUGAUCCAACACAAAAAUUCAUAACAUGGUAUAAGCACAUGAUAGAUUAUGAGAGGCCAAAUUUGUGUUUGUAUCUCUCUGAUAAUAUCACUCUGGAUUGGUUUGGCCGAACAAUAAGAACUAGGAAAAAAGUUACAGCAUUCUUAAAAUAUGACAUGGAAUGUACUAGACAUGAUUUUAGAUCUGCUGAAAAAAUUGAAAAAAUACAAACUCGAGAUGAAAGAGACCAAAGGGUAGACAGCCAAAAUAUAUCGGAUUUAGCUGCACCACUCAGUCCAGAAGAUGAAAAACCUACAAACAAAAGAAAAUUAAGGUCUGGCAGUCCAGAAUGGGAAGAAUCAUCACAAACAGUAAAUGUAGAAUUUACUAAUUACAAAAGUAAAAGAUUCAAGCGGAGCCAUACUACCGAUGAGGAUCGCCAAAAAGUGCAAAGUUUAUCUUCCUGCAGUGAUUAUAACGAAAGUAACAAAGGUGAUGAUGCCACAAUAGGCACCAAGCUAAAAAGAACAUCCAUUACUCCAACAAAUAUAGAAUGUGGACAAGGAGAUUGUAUUCCGUCCACCAGUGGCACGGACUCGGACAGAUCUCAUGAUGCAUUGAAUGCACAACUGCCAAAAUUGGCAGUGGAAUGUAAUGGGUAUGUGGAGUUCACUAGAUCUAGAAACAAUAGUAGUGUCGACACUGCCAAAUGGGACCGAAAGUGUAAAGUACAAAUCAGUUACUCGGAAGACUGCCUAAAUCCAGGAGAAUAUAUUAUUUGGGCUCUUUGUUAUAAUGAUGGAAGUAAAUGUAGGAGAAAUCUGUUGGCCGCAUUCGAGGAAGCUAAGCAAGAUGAUGAAUGUUAAGUUUAUUGUGUUGGUGAACUGUUAACUGGUACUUUGAGUAAAAUAUUAUGUUUAUAAUUUAAUGAUUAGGGGCCAACUACUGAAAUGUUAAUUAAAAUUGAUAGCUACCUAUUCAUAGGUAAUUCAUAAUAUGGAAUGUGUAUUACAAAUAAACAAAUAAGUCUCUAAUGCUAAGAACUCACGGAGCGGAGGUUUUUACUACGAUCGCCUACUAUGGCCGUCGGCUACUGCGAUCGCUCGCUAAACUAUCGCAAAGCGCGCGGGCGCAAACCGCCGAGGCUGCGGACGACCGCCGUCCGCCGCGCCGGUCCAGCGGGAGCCGCAAACAACCGCGCGAGUCGCGGGCGAAAGACGCGCUGUGAGUUUUGCUUUCAUUUUUUACAUACAAAACAGUAUUCUACGAAGGCGGCGGGGGCGGGAUAAAACCGCUCCGUGAGUUCUUAAAGUGUCUUAAAUACACUAGGCCGAAAAUACGGCCGAAGUUCGGCAUGAUUACGCAAGCAAUGCACUACGCAUACAAUAAUAACGCGACGUAAUUUCGGCAUGGUGUGUCAUCAUCAGU